AUGCCUCAACGGUACGCCGUCGAAAUGCGCGACGAAUUCGUCUUGAAAGGAAACAAUGCUGUUUUGAAGUGCAAUGUUCCUGGUUUUGUUAAAGAUUAUGUCACAGUAGAGGCUUGGAUAAAAGAACCAAUGGAAAAAGUGGAUGCGUCUUCCAAAUCCAGUCGUUACAAUAUUUUUCCUUCUGGCGAGCUUCAUAUAAAACAGGUUGAACAGAGUGAUGCAUUAACUAGUUUUUCCUGUCGCACAAAACAUAGAUUAACAGGCCUUACAGUCUCCAGCUCAAAUCCAGCAAGAAUUAUUGUAACAGAGCCCUAUGGUCAGGUACCACCCCGCAUUACCUACACCGCAUCACGUGUCCAAGUGGAAAGCGGAGAAAGUGUGAUGCUCCCGUGUGCAGGUCAAGCGUUUCCGCUCCCCACGUACCGUUGGCACAGGAAAGAUGGCGGCAUUUCUGAAAUACCAGUACGUCUAGGACAUCGAAGAGAAAUGAUUGGGGGAAACCUAGUCUUGCGCAGCGCUGAAAUACGAGAUAGUGGAAGGUACGUUUGCGUGCUAGCCAGCUCUGGUAGUGAAGACAAAGCGGAAACCGAAUUAAUCGUGACAGGAAAACUCUCGGUGUCUAUCUUCCCCCAAGAGCGAGUAGCUGAUAUUGGUGAGAUGGUGACCUUUAACUGCAGCAUUAGAGGUUAUCCCGUAUCAUCCGUUCGAUGGUCGAAAGAUUCCAGUCUGAUUACGGACGGUGGCAGGAUACGGAUAAUCGCCAGAAAUCAACUGAUGGUAACAUCCGUGAGGCGGGAGGAUCACGGGAUAUAUCAGUGCUCCGCCACCAAUGACAGGGACUCAGCCCAAGGUUCUGCCCAAAUGCUGAUUGGGGAUAAUCCUCCUGAAUUUCUUCACACGUUUGAAAAUAUUACUAUAAAUCCUGGAUCAUCUGUAUCUCUUAAAUGCUCUGCAUCAGGAAAUCCAUUACCACAGAUUACUUGGUCCUUAGACGGUACUCAGGUGCCAGAAGAUCAAAGCUUCCGAUCGGGUGAUUACGUCACAACAGAAAACACAGUCAUCAGUUACGUAAACAUAUCACGUGCAGGUGUAGAGCAUUCUGGAGAGUUCACGUGCACUGCUAAGAAUGAUGCUGGUGAGAUCCACCACAGUAGAUGGCUGAGAGUCCCCGGACCACCCUAUGUUCGACCAAUGAAGAACCAGACGAUUGUAGCAGGGGAACAAAUGAAAAUACGAUGCCCAGCAGGUGGAUAUCCAAUUCACCGGAUAUCUUGGGAAAGAGACGGCGUCAGGCUGCCGGACAACCACCGACAAACAGUAUACCCCAACGGAACACUUGUAGUCCGGCAAGUGGAGAGGCUGGUGGAUGAGGGGAAGUACACAUGCACCUUGAGAAAUAAGGAGGGAGAAAGUGCCAGAGGGAGUGUUUACAUCACAGUCAGAGUGCGGCCGGUAAUAGAACCUUUCAAUCUUCCCCCGUCGGUCCAAAUGGGCCAGAGGCUGAGCAUCACGUGCACAGUCAUCAAAGGCGAUCCCCCAAUCUCUCUCCUGUGGCUGAGGGACGAGCAGGCGUUAAAGAAGGAUGGAGACGUCAGAAUCCACAAUUUGGCAGAUUAUUCUUCCACCCUACUCUUUGAUCCGGUGAAGCCGGAGCACAGAGCCAACUACACGUGCGUGGCGACUAAUGAAGCCGGAUCGGAAAGUCAUAGCGCUGCAAUGGUAAUUCAUGUACCCCCACGGUGGAAAACAGAGCCGAAUGAUGUCGACGUCAUCAAGGGGCGGGGCGUCAUGAUAGACUGCGAAGCCGAAGGUUUUCCGCCGCCGCGAUUAACGUGGAGAAAAGCUGAAGGAACUGUUCCAGAAAGUUAUAAACCAAUCAGCAGCAGUUCCCAUCUUCAUGUCUUCGAAAAUGGAUCGCUCACAAUUUUGGAUGUCGGAGAAAAUGACGCGGGAUAUUAUCUCUGCCAAGCGUCGAAUGGCAUCGGAUCAGGAUUGAGCAAAGUCGUUAGUUUAACAGUUCACGUUGCUGCGCAUUUUACUAAUAAAUUCCACGCCGAAAUUGUGAAGAAAGGUCAGGAUGCCAAGUUGUCGUGUCAAGCAUUUGGGGAGAGACCGCUAAACGUUUUGUGGACAAAAGAUCGGCAAAAUUUAAAUACAAAAAUAAUGAACAGGUACCGGCAAAGUGAAACCGUUUUUAACAACGGAACCCUUUCGGAGCUUUUGAUUGAGUCUGUGGAUCGAGGAGAUUCUGCUCUCUUUACUUGUCUGGCAUCAAAUGCUUACGGAAAAGAUGAUACAAACAUUCAGCUCAUCAUUCAAGAAAAACCAGACAUUCCUCAAGAAUUACGUAUCACUCGGACAGCAAGUAGAUCUGUAGAUAUUUCCUGGUCUCCACCUUAUAGUGGGAAUAGUCGUUUGCUGAAGUACGUCUUGCGAUUUGGAGAAGAUUCUGUUACAGAAAAAGCAUCUGAUUCAGGGAAGAACUUAAACCCAAAUGCAUCACAACGAGUUACUAUAUUACCAUCCGAAACGUUGUGGACAGUAACUGGAUUAAAGCCCAGCACCAAGUACUCGUUCAGAAUAUCCGCUAUAAAUGCCUUAGGUGAAAGUGAAAACAGUAAUCCUGUGACAGCAACUACUGACGAAGAAGCUCCUGGCGCGCCACCUUUAGCUAUAAAAACGGUUCCUUUGUCUUCCACCGCCAUAAAAGUGUUAUGGGAGCCCCCAGACUCCUCAUUGCAAUUUGGAAAAAUAAAAGGUUAUUACGUUGGUUACAAAGCGAAAGAUUCUGCCGAUAAAUACGUCUAUAAGACCUUAGAAGACACAGAACAUUUCAGAGAAGAAAGAAUUUUAACUAAUCUGCAAAAGCAAACCAAGUACCUCAUACGAGUACAGGCUUACAACAGUAAAGGUGCUGGUCCUCCAUCUGAUGAUGUUGAAACGGAAACUCUGAAAGAAGAUCCUCCACGACCUUCUUCUUUGGAAAUUUUGGGCGUGACGUCAUCAUCCGUCACUCUAAAGUGGAAGAAGGAAUCUGGCGAUAGCACGGCUUCAACCGGAUAUGUAAUUCAUUACAAAAUUUCGUUGGACUAUGGAUCGUGGAAAAAUGAAGAAGUAUUCGGUGAUGUAACGACACAUACGAUCGAAAAUCUCCGUUGCGGCUCUAGUUAUGAUUUCUACAUCACAUCAAUGAGCGACAAUGGAGUGCAAAGCGACAUUGUAAAAGCAACAACAAACGGCAGAACACCAAUACCUCCCGAAAAAGAAGAUCUCUUGAGCGUAAACACUAGUUCCGUUACGAUUAAAUUGAACUCUUGGAAACCUGGUGGAUGUCCUAUCACUCAUUUUGAAAUUAAAUACAAGCAACAGCAUCAGAAGAACUGGAUUUUAUUUGCUGACAGAGUAUCGCAGAAUAAGAAGAGCAUCACGAUAUCGGGACUUAUACCUGGCACUAUGUACCAUCUCCAGUUGACGUCUCGUAACGGAGCUGGACCAACGGAAGCAGUGUACUCCUUUACGACACUAGCAGCAAUAAAAGGGGCCAUUCCGGAUGCUGUCCUAGUGAGUGGUGAAGCCUUACCUUUUUAUUUGGAACUGGAAGUCGUAUUGCCAGUCUCUUUAUCCUUAUUAGUAGUUGUUGCGGUACUGGUUCUAGUUUGUUUAAUUGUGAAGAAAAGAAAUCCUACGGAAAGAUCACAAACAGCAAGUACGACCUAUGUUUCACGAAAGUCACAAGCUGGCGAAUCAGUUCACAUGUGUGAAAUGGAAAAAGCUACCUACCAGAGACCUGUUAGUAGGGGCGAUCCUAUCUAUUAUCCUACUCCAUAUGCUACGACGCACAUAGCGGAUGGACCUUGUAGAAAGUCAUUUGAAGCAGCGGAAAGAGAGCUUCAAGAUGAGCCCCAAUACGCCACAGUGAAAAGAACUCCUCGACCUCCAAAAUCCGACAUGCAUAUAUACCACUACCCAGUUCAUAUCCCACCAGAACUCUUAGAUGAACUACAAGCCACUUCCUCCCAGUGGGAUGAUGGGGGAAGAUCUUCAAUUAUGGAUUCUGGGGGAUAUAUAGGAAGAAACAAAAGAACAUAUUGCUAACAGCAUCUGGAAGAGAAAAAUGGCACAUAAGCAACAUAUGGCCGUAGCUGACUUUUGACGCACAUGUACUCCACGGAAGGGAGUACAAAUGUACUUCCAAUACCAGUACAGUAUGUUCACAAUAUUAUGAACACGAAUAAUAUUAAAGUGCUGUGAUGUUUGCAGCUUUUCUAAUGGAUUAUACUGCUGUAAUAUUAUAAGUGUUAGACAAAAAUAUAAAAUAUAGUUAUUCGUGGAUUUUUUUCCACUGUUUAUCAAGUGAUAAGUUAA